GCGGCUUUGCCCGCUGCGCUCCAUCAUGGAGGCGGCCGGCGCAGCUGGCGCAGCUGGCACAGCCCCGCCACCCGCCGCCGCCCGGCCCCGCACCCCCUGAGCCCCGCGCACCCCUCGGGCUCCAGCAUGAGCGGCGGUAGCGGGGGCGGCUCUUCGGCACCCGGCCGCUUCGCCGAUUACUUCGUCAUCUGCGGGUUGGACACUGAGACAGGGCUGGAGCCGGACGAGCUUUCCGCUUUAUGCCAGUAUAUACAGGCCUCUAAAACCCGAGAUGGUGCCAGCCGUUUCAUUUCAAGUGCAACAGAAGGGGAAAACUUUGAACAGACUCCGUUAAGACGCACAUUUAAAUCCAAAGUUCUUGCUCGCUAUCCUGAGAAUGUUGAAUGGAACCCCUUUGACCAGGAUGCAGUGGGAAUGCUAUGUAUGCCUAAAGGGCUUGCUUUCAAGACACAAGCAGAUUCUAGAGAACCUCAGUUCCACUCUUUUAUUAUUACUCGUGAAGAUGGCUCACGGACAUUUGGAUUUUCUCUUACGUUUUUUGAGGAAGUUACUAGCAAACAGAUCUGCAGUGCAAUGCAGACAUUGUAUCAUAUGCACAAUGCUGAAUAUGACAUUCUUCAUACUCCACCCACAAAUGACAAAGAUAGCUGCAGCAGCACAGGAGACUGCAAUGGCACUUCUGUUUCAAAGCUACAGCGUUUUAACUCCUAUGACAUCAGCAGAGACACACUCUAUGUCUCAAAGUGCAUUUGUCUGAUUACUCCAAUGUCUUUUAUGAAGGCUUGUAAGAAAGUACUAGAACAACUUCACCAAGCAGUGACUUCACCUCAGCCACCACCUCUACCUUUAGAAAGCUACAUCUACAAUAUUCUUUAUGAAGUUCCUCUUCCUCCAGCAGGAAGGUCAUUGAAAUUUUCGGGUGUUUAUGGACCAAUUAUCUGCCAAAGGCCAAGCACCAGUGAACUACCAUUAUUUGAUUUUCCAGUUAAAGAAGUUUUUGAAUUGCUUGGAGUAGAAAACGUGGUUCAGCUCUUUACCUGUGCCCUGCUGGAAUUUCAGAUACUGCUUUAUUCGCAGCAUUAUCAGAGACUGAUGACUGUGGCAGAGACCAUCACAGCACUAAUGUUUCCAUUUCAGUGGCAGCAUGUGUAUGUUCCUAUCCUUCCAGCUUCCCUUCUUCAUUUUCUUGAUGCUCCUGUCCCUUACCUCAUGGGUUUGCACUCUAAUGGGAUGGAUGACAGGUCUAAACUGGAACUUCCUCAAGAGGCUAACCUUUGCUUUGUGGAUGUAGACAACCAUUUCAUUGAGCUGCCAGAAGACUUACCCCAGUUCCCAAAUAAACUUGAGUUCAUUCAGGAAGUUUCAGAGAUUCUGAUGGCUUUUGGAAUUCCACCCGAGGGAAACCUUCACUGCAGUGAAAGUGCCUCCAAGAUGAAGAGCCUCAGAGCAUGUGACCUGGUUUCUGAUAAAAGAAAUGGGAACAUAGCAGGAUCACCUUUGAACUCCUAUGAGCUGCUAAAGGAAAACGAGACUAUUGCAAGGCUCCAAGCACUUGUUAAAAGAACAGGUGUGAGUCUAGAAAAGUUGGAGGUGCGAGAGGAGACCAGUAGCAAAAAGGAUCUUAAAAUUCAAUGUGAUGAAGAAGAAUUCAAGAUUUACCAGCUGAACAUUCAAAUCCGUGAAGUUUUUGCCAACCGUUUCACACAAAUGUUUGCAGAUUACGAAGUAUUUGUAAUUCAGCCUAGUCAGGACAAGGAAUCUUGGUUUACAAACAGAGAACAAAUGCAAAAUUUUGAUAAAGCAUCUUUCUUGUCGGACCAGCCUGAACCUUACUUGCCUUUCCUCUCAAGAUUCCUGGAGACCCAGAUGUUUGCAUCUUUUAUUGACAAUAAGAUUAUGUGUCAUGAUGAUGAUGAUAAAGACCCUGUUUUGAGAGUAUUUGAUUCUAGAGUGGAUAAAAUCAGGCUGCUAAAUGUUAGGACGCCGACUCUGCGCACAUCUAUGUAUCAAAAGUGCACAACUAUUGAUGAAGCUGAGAAAUCCAUUGAGUUAAGGCUAGCAAAAAUAGAUCACACUGCAGUCCACCCACACUUGCUGGACAUGAAAAUUGGACAAGGGAAGUACGAGCUUGGAUUUUUUCCCAGACUUCAGUCUGAUGUUUUAUCCACUGGACCAGCAAGCAACAAGUGGACAAAGAGAAAUGCUCCUGCACAGUGGAGGCGGAAGGACAGACAGAAGCAACACACAGAGCAUCUGCGUCUUGACAAUGAUCAGAGAGAGCACCUGGAUUUUUCCAUGUCAGAGCUUCAGUUGCAGUUAUGUUUAGACUGGGACCAGCAUGAUUGGCCCUUCAUGCCCUCUAUAAAAUCUGUGUCAGAGCAUUAUCUGAAGUAUAUCCAAGAAGCCAGAAAUCUGGGCAGCACUAUUCGGCAGCCCAAGCUGUCUAACCUCUCUCCAUCCGUAAUUGCACAAACAAACUGGAAGUUUGUAGAAGGCUUGUUGAAGGAAUGCCGAAAUAAGACCAAGAGGAUGUUGGUUGAAAAGAUGGGUCGAGAAGCUGUGGAGCUAGGUCAUGGUGAAGUGAAUAUCACAGGUGUGGAAGAGAAUACCCUGAUAGCCAGCCUGUGUGACCUCUUAGAAAGGAUAUGGAGUCAUGGCCUGCAAGUCAAACAGGAUAGAAGCUGUACUGCUUUCGUCUUAGAAGACAGAGCAUCAGUAUACUCUGCUUCAACUCAGAUUUGGGCCUUUCAGACCACCAGACGGCCAACCCUACAUAAGGGAAAGUCUGCUUUGUGGUCUCAUCUGUUACACUACCUAGAAAACAGACAGAGAAAAACUACAUCAGGCAGCUUCAGUACCUCAGGAAUACUUCUUGAUUCAGAAAGGAGAAAGUCUGAUACCAGUCCAGCUAUGUCACCUCUUAGAAUCUCUCUCGUCCAGGAUAUGAGGCAUAUCCAGAACAUUAGUGAGAUCAAAACAGAUGUGGGCAAGGCCAGAGCCUGGGUUCGUCUCUCUAUGGAAAAGAAGUUGCUCUCUAGGCAUCUAAAACAGCUACUUUCAGAUCAUGAGCUCACAAAAAAGCUCUACAAGCGUUACGCAUUCCUCCGCUGUGAUGAUGAGAAGGAACAAUUCUUGUAUCAUCUCCUGUCCUUCAAUGCCGUUGAUUACUUUUGCUUUACCAACGUUUUCACAACAAUCUUGAUACCAUACCAUAUAUUGAUUGUUCCUAGCAAGAAACUUGGUGGCUCAAUGUUUACAGCCAAUCCUUGGAUCUGUAUCUCGGGCGAACUGGGUGAAACAGGAGUCCUGCAGGUUCCCAGAAAUAUAUUAGAAAUGACUUUUGAGUGCCAGAACCUGGGAAAACUGACCACAGUGCAAAUAGGACAUGAUAAUUCAGGGCUGUAUGCCAAGUGGCUAGUGGAAUAUGUUAUGGUCAGAAAUGAAAUAACAGGGCAUACUUACAAGUUUCCCUGUGGGAGGUGGCUUGGAAAGGGAAUGGAUGAUGGUAGCUUAGAGAGGAUCCUGGUUGGAGAGUUGCUGACUUCCCACACUGAGGCGGAUGAGCGGCAGUGCCGAACACCUCCUUUGCAGCAGUCACCAAGCAUGAUCAGAAGAUUUGUCACUAUUUCACCAAACAAUAAGCCAAAGUUAAAUACUGGUCAAAUACAAGAAGCUAUUGGUGAAGCUGUCAAUGGUAUUGUCAAGCAUUUCCACAAACCAGAGAAAGAGAGAGGCAGUCUGACACUGUUGCUGUGUGGAGAAAGUGGACUUGUUUCAGCUCUUGAGCAAGUGUUUCAGCAUGGAUUUAAAUCACCCAGACUGUUCAAAAACGUCUUUAUUUGGGACUUUUUAGAAAAAGCACAAACAUACUAUGAGACCCUUGAGCAGAACGAGAUGGUCCCAGAAGAGAACUGGCAGACAAGGGCCAGGAAUUUCUGUCGCUUUAUCACUGCUAUCAACAACACUCCUAGAAACAUUGGGAAGGAUGGCAAGUUUCAGAUGCUAGUGUGUCUUGGAGCCAGAGACCACCUUUUGCAUCACUGGAUCGCCCUGCUUGCCGACUGCCCGAUUACAGCACAGAUGUAUGAAGAUGUAGCACUGAUUAAGGAUCAUACUCUUGUGAAUUCUUUGAUUCGAGUGCUGCAGACCUUGCAGGAGUUCAACAUCACGCUGGAGGCAUCUCUUGUCAAAGGAAUCGAUAUUUGACCUCUUGUUCCACAGAAAAAAAAACCCUAUCUUAUU